AUGUCGCUGACUGCGAUGUGGCCUGGCUUGCUCCUUGGUCAUGGCCCUGGGGCCAUGACAUGUGUUGGUCGUGGUUUUUCAUGGGCGGUGGUUGAUUUUCCGGUCAUGGUCAAUUGUUGGGCAUUGGUUGUUGUCUCCGUUGCAUGUGUUUUCGAUGUGGCAUGGCGGCAAUGUGGUGGAGGGGAGGUGUUAGCCGUCAACCGCCCACUGGUGGAGUGGGCGGUCGACGGUGGUGGGCCUGUGUCGAGUGAGGUGGAAUUUGGGGUCGUUGGUGGUGGGGGUCAAGUCUGGUGUCUUCAUGCUAAAGCUGUUGUCUUGGAUGUGAGGUUGUUAGCUGUACUCAGUUAUUCUAUCAACUUCUAUCUAAUUUUGAUUACUUUAUUAUUGCGACAGGAUGUCCAAAUGGGCAUGAUUAGUUCUUUGACUAUUCCUGUGAAUAUGAAGUCUAAUAGAUCGACAAAUCAUUCACUACUUAGUCUUGACUUCAAGGGGGUGGCAGAAUGUGGAAAAUGUACCAACACUCCCUAUUUUUUUCUCAUGGAUUUGGUUGACCUCCCCCCCUCCCACUCCUACUAUAUAAGUCCUGGCUUGUACCUCAGCCCAACCUCAGCCCCUGCCUCUGUAUCAACUGAGAACUCACAAACUUUCAAAUAA